GCUUCAUUUGUUCGCGUGGAGAAUUGGGAAAUCGAUCUUCGGUGAGUGCAGUGGUCUGUCAAGAUCGGCUUGAAUGUGUUUACUUGCAUUUGAAGGGGGCAGAGGAGGUGGUGGUGGCAGUCGUAAGAGGGAGAGAGUUGAGGACGAAGAGGGUUUAGUUGUGGGAGCAGAAGGCGGUUGGAGGAUGGUGAUGGCCGCCAGCGGCCCGGAGGUGCAGCACAAGCACCGACGAUCCCUUAGCGAGAUGACCAUCCCGGCGACGUUGUUGUCCCCUAGAGCGGCGGCUGCACCGCCCAUCGAUUUCGACGGCGUUCUUGGGGUUUAUCCGAGGGCAGUGCCGAAGGCGGUGGCAGGAGUGGGGGUUGGGGGGUUCUCUUCACCCGCCAAAGCUGUGAGCGCUGGCCGCCUCCUGAAUGUCGCCUCCCCGGGAGCAGCCGCAUCCGAUGCCGAAAGACUCCAAUCCGUUAGGUCGUUGCCUGAAUGGAACGGAAUUGGGGGCGGGGAUCUCAAUAACAAGGGACCAUUAGAGUGCAACCUUGGGACCGUGGGAGUGAAGAACGGCGUGAAGAUGGGCCUGACCAGCUUGGCGAAUGGAGCGGUCUUAUGUGCCAAUGGGAGUGGGGACAAGAUGACGGUGGGUGCCAACGGGCAGAACGGUAGGGCACCGCUCCGCCCUCUGCUAAUCAUGCGUCCGGCCUCGAUGGCCACGCUGGAGGUGAUUUCUCCUCGGUCAAGGAUGUGGGCAGAGGGGAACAAUGUGGAUCGCGGAGCUGGUGGUGGUGGUGGGGGAGGUGGCGGCUAUCGCAUCCCACUGUCACCUCUUGCCCUGAGGCGGGAGGCCAGCGGACUGGCUCGCGGUGUAGUAGGUGUACGGGCGAGCGUUCAACUAGACCUCGGGGCGCUGGCUCGCAGCAACUGUGAUGCUGGGGGCGAGCUGUCGGAGCUGGAGAUGCGGCGGGAUAAGAUGGCUUUUUAUGAGAAGCAAUGCUCGCGUGUGAUGGAUCAUGUCUACCUGGGCAGUGAUGUCGUUGCCAGGAACAGGGAGACGCUGAGAGCGGCGGGAAUCACUCAUGUGCUCAACUGUGUGGGAUUCGUUUGUACGGAGUACUUCGCUGGUGACCUCAAAUACAAGACGCUCUGGCUUCACGACACGCCAGGGGAGGACAUUCUGUCCGUCCUUUACGAUGUGUUUGACUUCUUCGAGGGAGUAAGGCAGAGCGGCGGGCGAGUGUUUGUGCAUUGCUGCCAGGGGGUUUCCAGAUCCACGGCGCUGGUGAUCGCUUACUUGAUGUGGAAAGAGGGGAGGAGCUACGAUGACGCCUUCCGAGAUGUGAAGACGGCUCGCGGAGUGACCAACCCCAACAUGGGAUUCGCCUGCCAGCUGCUUCAAUGGCAGAGGCGAGUUCUUGGAGGUGGAGGGGGAGCGGGAGCGGGAGGGGUGCAGCGGUUGUUUCGAGUCACUCCUCAUUCUCACUACGACCCUCUGCAUCUGGUCCACAAGCCUGUCCCGAAGCCUUGCAGGGACUCCCUGGACACUCGUGGGGCUUUCUUGCUGCUUGCCCCAACUGGUGUCUUCGUUUGGAAGGGUCGGGAAUGCUCCUGCGUGCUUGCCAGCGCGGGAGAGAAGGCAGCAAAGCAGCUGAUUAAAUAUGAAAAGGUGGCUGGACCCAUCUGGUUUGUCAAGGAAGGGGAGGAGAGCUCGGAGUUCUGGGCUGCUCUGAGUGUUGCAUCAUCAUCGGCGGCCUUGACGUCGAUGUCAGUCUCCUCUUCGGACGGAGGAGUUGGGAUCGCGGGCACCGGGAUCCGGGUCUCGGCUUAUGACGCUGAUUACAAUGCGGUUGGUAAAGCCCGAACCAGCGGGCAUGGCAGUGGAGGGGUGGCCAAGGCUGGCCCGAUGCGAAGGGGUUGGAAUGAUAGUUCCGUGUACAGUUGUGCCCAGGAGUCCUUGCAAAAUGACAAUCAUGGUCUGUCUCCUCUGAAGAGCGCAGCGGAAAGAAACUAUGAGCGCAUACGAGAGCAGGGACGUGCUUGUAGCGAGGGCGUGGACAGAGGUGGAGGCGGCAUGAGUAUCCAGGAGGAGGAGGAGACGUCAGCAAUGCGUCGGGCGGUUUCGUGCGACUCUGUGCCGAUCGAGGGAGAGGAGCAGGGGAGUUGCACUUCUUCUGACCCUUGUGCGGGUGGCGGGAUGGGCAGGGGAAAACGCGCGGAGAGAAGGGAGCAAGAGAGAGAGAACGGCGUGAAGGCUUUGAGGAGGGCGUGCGGUGGAGAACCGGAUUCGCCCACAAUGUCGCAGAGAAGAUCCAAAGAAGAUUCUGACAUCGCUAUGGUAGAUUCGGACAGCAGCUCAGGAGUAGUAGGGCAUCACAGGGGGGGGGGGGAGGAGGGGGAGGGGGAGGGGGAGGGGGAGGGGGAGGAUGAGGCUGGCCGACGAGAGUCAUCAGGCCAGAUGCCUCAGGCACGAGCGGCAUUGGUGGUGGAAACUCUGCCCAUGCGUCAAUUGGCGACGAAGGAAUGUGUAAGGGGGGGGUUGAGCGGGGGUGAGGUGGCAGUGGAAGCAACGGUGGGAUCGAGGCCGGGAGAAGACAAUGGCGCUUGUUGUGCCGAGAACGGCGAAGUACCACGGUUAUUUGAGUGGCCGUCGAGAGAGGAGCUUCAUGUCUUUGACGCUGAUGAUCUGCAGUCCCAAAAAGUGUUCGUUCUGUGGAUUCCCAAGGCACGAGAAGCAGGUGAUGAAGGAGAGAGGAGUGAGCUGCUGGUAUGGGUGGGAGGUGAGUGUCGCUGUGGAAGCGAAAUUGAAGAGCGUCAAUGCAUGGAGAAAGAAGACGGCCGGGAGCGAGGCAGUCAAGCCUGGGAGCGGAGGUGGUGGCGAGUGGGUGACCAGUUCCGACUAUGGCGUCGCCUUUCCCAAAAGACUCGCAUUCGGGUGGUUGAAGAAGGAAAGGAACCUGCGGAUUUCUGGGCCUGCUGCAGUCGCCGUUGACGGCCUGGGUUUUUGUGAGAUCUUUGGUGGGACAAGUUUUGAUCAGGUCUAUGCAUCGCUGACCUCAUGGAGAAGUAAGUAGCGCUGAGGUCUACAUGCGUAGCUGAACUGGCUUGGGAUCGACUUUCUGUCAUGGAAGCCGUUUGCAGGGAGGGAGGGAGGUGCAAUGGCUGAUGAUUUGGCCGGUAGGAGGAGGUCGCCUAGGAGACGGAUAGCAGACAGAAGGGACGCAAGUGCUGCCGUCUGUGUGCUGUCCGACGGAUUGUCAGCGAGGGAUGCAAAUUUUUGGCUUUCGGAAUUGCAGUCGUUGUAUUCGCUACGUAUCACGACUCUGACUGGCAUCAGUCAGUUUGCUGCGUUUUUUCGAUGGCAAUCUUUGUAUCGGCUACGUAUCAGGACUCUGGCUGGCAUCGGUCAGUCUGCUAUUUUUCUACCUCAGGAAUGUAUUAAUCUACAUCAGAUAUCGGAUAUCAUUUGCAGUGAUAAAUGCUCGUGUUAGGAGAGUGUUUGGUCAGGAGUGGCCCGAAGAAAGAAUCAUGUUUUCAUGAGAUGGAUCGGCAGUAAGCGAGGAAGGGAGUGCUGCUGAGCGUCAGUGGAGGCAUCGAGCUAAAUAUAGCUGAAGCCGUUUGGUGUCCUUUCCACUCCCUUAGUGAUUGUAGUACACAUGGCAGCGGGCCUCCUUUGUUGUUUUUUGUUAGUCCGUCGAUCUUGCAGCUAGUAGUUGUUAAUGUGGAGCAUCAGGAAGGUUCUGAGGGGAAGAUACGUGUGCCACGUGGCUGUGAUCAUCGAUCAGAUCAAUUGUAGAAUAGACUUGUAGAAUAGACUUGUAGAAUAGACUUGUAGAAUAGACUAGGGUAGGUCGUUAUCAUGGCAGGCCGUGCUGGUGAGUGGACCAAUCUUGCGGCAUUGUUGAGGGCUUCCUGGAGGAGGAUAUGAAUGCAGGAGGUUCACGGAAAUCUGGUGGCCCUAAAGGGCGAGAUCGAUGAAAGGUGGCCAGGUAGGUAUUGCGCUUUGCUCGCUUGUUUGACCCCCGAGGUUCUCGAUAUUUUGUGAGACUCGGCCUUGGGGCUCAUGCUGCACAGUAGUAUCACUCGAUGUUAAAGAUGAAGGUGCGUGUUUGCCAUGCCAAGCAAUGGAGUGAAAAAACAGUUGCAGUCACAGCCGGACGAGGAUCGAGGUCCACAUUUGGAGGGGGGGUUGGGUUCAAAGCGGAGUUCUAUUGUUGACUGGUCGGUCGUGUUGGUGGUUACCUGGAGCGUCUGAUGGCAGUGACUGGAGGAGAGAGUGAGGUGUUGUCUGGCCUGGGUGCUGUCGAAUUGGAAUUGCAGAUAACAGUACGUGGGUGCUCGAGAAGGACUUGGGAAAAGAGGAAGGAGAGUGAUGAUCCAUCGGGCCAGGGAAUGCAAAGGAUUUGCGUGCAAUGGAGGUGCUGUGGGCGGAGAUUCAGUCUGUGCAGCGUCGUUUGAUGGUAAGAGCGGAGGUGUCGAUGGGGCUGUAGAGGGGGUUGUGAAGGCGCUUUCCUUCUCCCUGUGAUCUUGUGAUCUUUCCAUAAGAAUCCUCCCUCGUGCAUGCAAGCGUCAAUGAGAGGCUUGUGGCUUUUUUGUCCUUGAGCGUUAAUCUCAGGGAAAGAGUGACGCGCAUGCAUGGAAGGGCACCACAUAUAAACUGCAGCUCUAGCUUAGCGAGUACAACAAGUAGCUUCUGCAGUAAACCUGGAACGGGUAAAGGAAGGCCAUGUCGGUGUUCUGAGAAAGUAAUGUGCUUCUGUUCUCGUCGGUUCAACGAGGGUGGAGUGCACCAGAGUGGGAUGGGUCGGUGGAGCAAAACUGGAAGGAUCCUGUGCGGACGAGUGGUGCAUUGGAUUGCUUCAUUGAUUGCAAGAAAAGGAUGUCGGUGGACUGCAGACGCGGGUGUCUGUAUGGAUAGAAGACCCUGGACGUGGGCAGCGCAGAGGAAUUAGCGUCCAGAUGGGCCAUGAACGAUUUAGCCAAGAAGU